AUACGUUUUUCGAUAAGAAAUUCUUGAGUUAAGUCUCUAUCGGAAAGGCGUCUGAAAAUAGUGUAUAAAUAGAGUGACAAACAGAGAGACAAACCGCAGAAUAUCCUGAGAGUAAUGGCGCCCACACUGUACUUGAGUCGCACAUCCCCUCCCUGUCGGACAGUCGUGUUUGUGGCCAAACAGCUAGGCAUCGAACUCAAUGAAGUGGUCGUCGACAUGAAGAACGGAGAGCACCGGAAGCCGGAGUUCCUGAAGCUCAAUCCGCGCCAUUCGGUGCCCACUCUGGAGGACAACGGUGUGGGUAUUUGGGAGUCGCGUGCGAUCGCCCAAUACCUGUGCAACAAAUACGCGCCCGACUCCGCCCUCUACCCCAAAGACCCGGCUCAGAGGGCCAAAGUAGAUGUGGUGCUCAACUUCGACCUCAGCUCGUGGGGGCCGGCGCUCAGGAACUCUCUGGUGAGUCGCAGAAUAUUCUUUGAGAAACGACAGAAUAUUCUGUGUUUUGAAACCAAAACUGAUACCAAAUUUCCUGAACAGACAGCGAAGGCGUUCCGAGGUGUCGAUCCGACCGAAGAGCAGCUGAAGACCCUUCAGGACACCCUUCAGGUGUUGGACACAUUGAUCGCGAGGAAUGGCGGUUAUGUGGCGGCCAAUCACCUGACGAUCGCUGACCUGUCGCUGUUGGCCAACUCGGGCAGCAUUUUAUACCUGGACUACGACCUGAAGCCGUACCCAAACAUCGAGGGCUGGUAUAAGCGGUUGGCGAAGGAGUUGUCGUUUUUCGACGAAUUCAAGGCAACGGUUAUCGAGACGUAUAAGAAGAGGGCGCAAGAAAUGGCCAAAAAUCAGUGA